AGAAUGAUGCAGGCAGAGGAGUACAACCGCAGAGGUAAACAGCUGGUGGACUACAUCACUCAGUACCUGGGCUCGGUCCGUGAUCGGAGGGUGAUCCCAGACGUCAAACCGGGCUACAUGAAGGAUCUGAUCCCAGACUGUGCCCCAGCAGAACCAGAGGACUGGGACCACAUCUGGGACGACGUGGAGAAGGUCAUCAUGCCUGGGAUGGUCCACUGGCAGAGCCCCCACAUGCACGCCUACUACCCCAGUCUGACCUCAUGGCCGUCCAUGUUAGGAGACAUGUUAGCUGACGCUCUGAACUGUGUGGGAUUUACCUGGGCGUCCAGUCCUGCGUGUACGGAGCUGGAACUGAAUGUGAUGGACUGGCUGUGCAAAGCCCUGGGCCUGCCCUCCUUCUUCCUCCACCACCACCCUGACAGCAGAGGGGGAGGCAUCCUACAGAGUACAGUCAGUGAGAGCACACUGGUGGCUCUGCUCGCAGCCAGGAAAGACAAAAUCCUGCAGCUUCGCUCUGAAUUAGACCAGGAUGUGGAUGAGUCCAUCCUCAACUCCCGUCUGGUGGCCUACACCUCAGACCAGGCUCACUCAUCAGUGGAGAAGGCGGGGCUGAUCACUCUGGUCAAAAUCCGAUUUCUACCCACAGACGAGCAUCUUUCUCUGACAGGAGACACUCUGAAACAGGCCAUAGGUGAAGACCGGAGGAGGGGCCUGGUCCCGUUCAUGGUUUGUGCCACUCUGGGGACCACAGGGGUUUGUGCCUUCGACAGACUCUCCGAGCUUGGAUCAGUGUGUUCAGAGGAGGCUCUGUGGCUCCAUGUGGACGCUGCUUAUGCCGGUUCGGCUUAUUUCUGCCCGGAGCUGCGCUGGUCUCUAGAUGGCAUUGAAUAUGCAGACUCCUUUGUUUUUAACCCGUCCAAGUGGAUGAUGGUCCAUUUUGACUGCACUGCUUUUUGGGUGAAGGACAAAUAUAAGCUCCAGCAGACCUUCAGUGUUGACCCUGUUUAUCUGCGACAUGAGAACUCACAGGCAGCCACUGACUUUAUGCACUGGCAGAUUCCUCUGAGCCGACGGUUCCGUUCCCUGAAGCUGUGGUUUGUAAUGCGUUCGUUCGGACUGAAAAACCUCCAAGCUCACAUCAGACAUGGCAUUAAGAUGGCCAAGCUCUUUGAGUCCAAGAUAAGGAGUGACCCUAAUUUUGAGGUUCCCGCUGACAGACACCUCGGCCUGGUCGUCUUUUGUCUGAAAGCAGGGAACGCUGUGACCCAGGAGCUGCUGCGCAGGCUGACCCGCUCUGGCUCCAUGUACCUGAUCCCUGCAGACCUCCACUCCAAACGGAUCAUCCGGUUUACGGUGACCUCUCAGUUCACCACUGCAGAGGACAUCCUCAGAGACUGGACCAUCAUUUCAAACACCGCUACUGCUCUUCUGGCUGAGAUGACCACUCUGACCUAUGUCCAUCAAUCCAAACCAGGAGAAGACCAGCUGACAGGCCCACAGAAUAACCCAGACCCGACCAGGGCCCGGUCUGACGCCCAGGCUGAGAACACAGCCUCCGGUCUGGACAAGGCCGAGGUGGAGCUAUGGAUCGACAAGGCCUGGACCAGAUCCAGGAGACCCACACGCUCUCUAAGCUGUAACAGCGACCCGCUGCCAUACUCGUACGUGGGGCCGCUGUGUGUUCCUACAGACGAGGCAGCUGCAGUGUCUGCACCAUCCACCACAGGUCCAGGUCCAGGUCCAGAACCCGUGGUGAAGGUCCCACAGAUGCCUUCAAACCUCCUGGGUAAACACGUCCUAAAAAAGCUGACUAAGUUCUACAGCGUGCCCAGCUUCUGUAACCAGCUGAUCCAGUGUGGUCCACCCCAGCUGUGCUGCCCUCUGAAGGCCCCCCCGCUCCCUCAGAAACACCUACCGUCCAGCUGCAGAAGGAUCAACUACCUGUCGUCUGCUCCGGUCAACAAUGCUCCUCCUGUUGCUGCUGCUCCACUGGAGACCAGGUCCACGCCAACACUCUGAU